UCUAAAGCCUGAUCAUCAUUUCAUUUCAAGAGCUAAUCUCCGUUCCUCACCUUUAAUUUCUCUCCCCAAAAGUCCAAGUAACGUACUCCCUAAUUAGCUUCCUUUUUUCCAUAUGCUAAUCACUUCCCCUGCUCUACGCUUCUCCCUUAUGCACACAGAAUCACAGUAAAGAAGCAAUUAAUGAACUUAGCUUGAAUUGGAUGGUCCAAAUCAUCUCAGCUUUGAUGCUCUUCUCUUCUUCUUCUCUUCUUCUCUCCCUGCUGUUUUCAUCAUUCUGUUGUGCCAAGGCAGCCUGGUUUUACCGCUGCAUAGGCCUCGACCCUUAAUUAGCUUGCUUUUACCCUCUGUUUAUAUAUAUGGAGGUGAUGAGGGUGAAGAAAGGGUUUUGUGAGAAUUCGAAGCAAAGGAGCAAGAUUGAUGGGAGGAAUAAGGUUGUGAUGAAGAGGAAUAAUAAUACUAGGUUGUUGAUCAGUGUGAAUGUGCCUGGAAGUGCAGGGCCGUUGAGGUUUGUUGUGAAUGAAGAUGAUAAGGUUGGUGGGGUUAUUGACAUGGCCUUGAAGCAAUAUGCCCACCAAGGUCGCCUCCCUCUCCUCGGCUCUGAUCCCACUAAUUUCCUUCUCCUCCCCACAACUUUGGGAUUGGAAGCACUAGGUGCCUCAGAACUGAUAGGUUUAUGCGGCGUAAGGAACUUCAUUCUGUGCAAGAAACAGCCAGAGUUGACAGAAAGCAGGUGGAAGGCAGAGGGGAUGAUUGACCAGAAAAGGAAAAGUAGCAGCAGCAGCUGGAAGACAUGGCUCAACAAGUCCUUUGCCUUCAAGAUUCACUGCCACUGAAUCAUCCAUCUAUCACACACACACACACACACACACACACACACACACAUAUAUAUAUAUAUAUGCCUCAACCAUCAAGUCUUUUGAGUUGUCCACUAAUCUUCUUGCAAAAUUUACACCAACCUCCUAGCCUCUUUCUAUGGACAAUGAUGUCAAGACUGAAUAAUGUAAUGGACUUGUUUGGUAAUUAGUGGAUCCAUCAUUUUCAGUGUUUUGACCAAGUCAAGACGCUAAAAAGAUCCGUUUGGUAAAGUUGUGAAAUAAUAUGAAUAAUGCUCUUAGCAGCCCAAAUAAUUUGAUUGCAUCAUGUAAGGUGGAUUCCUUAAAUGUUACAUGACUAAUUUUUAAUGAAAUUGAUCGUUGGGUGUAA